AUGCAGCCCAGCACAGACAGAGUCUCGCUCCUCAUCGAAUCCGGCGCCCCUGUACUCUUGGUACGAGAUUCGACGUCGUCUGCACCAGUUGUCGGCGUCUUUGAUUACAAUACCCUCAACGCAUAUCUGCUGAUAGCUGUGGGCAUUGCUCAGCCAAACGAUGAGCAUAGGACAGAGUCUGGGUCGCUGGCUCAGAAAGCAGCACAAGGCAAACCUAUUCCCUUACGUGAUGUGCGCGAUCUUGGCCGCAAGGAUCCGAUCACCUUCUUGCCAGAAUCUGCAAAUCUUUCCAGAGCCAUAGAAACCUUCGGUCGCGGCAUUCAUCGGGUAUUAGUCGCAAAAGAGGGUCCUGAGGGCUCGAUAGAGGUUACGGGCCUGCUAUCACAGACUCGUCUCAUGCGAUUCCUAUGGGACAAUGCUCGCAACUUCCCAGUAAUUGACCAAUUAUAUUCACAAUAUCUGCGUGACCUGAAAAUUGGGUCUACUAACCCUAUCUCCAUCAAUGGUGACCGUCCAUUGGCUGAAGCGCUAGCUCUCCUUCUUGACGAGGGCGUGUCUUCUUUGGCCGUGCUCGACAACGGCAACAACGUUGUGGGCAACAUCUCUACCACAGACACAAAGCUACUGACGAAAUCCUCCUCACUGCCACUAUUACGAAACACUUGCAUCCACUUUAUCUCUGUCAUUCUGUCAGCAAGAGGGAUGUACGAAGGCAAAGAUUCUUUUCCGGUCUUUCACGUCACUCCUACCAGCACCUUAGCACAUACUGUAGCCAAGCUCGUGGCGACUAAGAGCCACAGAAUGUGGAUAACAGAUCCUCCAAUGUCCUCAGGUCCACCAACUCCAUCAUUGAAAACAGCAUCAAUGGUGCCAUUCUCAACGCACAACUCCUCCAUCGGGUCUGGUGGUCAGCAUCAUGUACAACAUCCCCAAGCAACAUCGUCGGAUCCAUUCCAGGUAGCCGAUGCUAGUCCCAAAACCCCCAUGAUCACACCAAGUGGUCCCUCGAUCUCUGCUAGUGCAUGGCCAGGAGCCAGUUACGGCGAAGAAGAUCUUCCAGCAGUUCCGUACGAAGAAGUCUGGAUCUUGGAAGGCCAGUACGACCAUCAGGAGAUCUAA